AUGCUCUUUUUGCAAAAGACUGUGGUUGGAGUCUCUUUUGGCCGCAGAUUUGAUUUGAUCGUGGGAUUCAUGUGGCCUUUGACGAAGCCCACGCAACCAGGGCUCAGUGUGACCAGUGCCAGCGCUUUCGGAGCCUUCAUUCGGAGCCUUCGGAGCGUGAGGUUUCCAGGCUCGCAGCUGCCCUGGCUCUUCAUAGGCAUGGAAUACGUGCGAACCAACUCCUUGCAGCUGGCGCAGCAAUGCCUGGACUAUGCCAGAACCUUGAUGCCGACCGACCCACGUGUCUACAAUGAGCUCGGUGUGGUGGCCUACCACAAGCGCAACUACGAGGAGGCGGUGCAACUGCUACGUCACGCGAUUGGCUUGUGUAGCCGGCCUGAUGAAGCGGUUCACUCCAACUUGGGGCAUGCAUUGUUGAAGUGUGGGCAACCAGCAGCUGCCUUGGAGGCCUUCCGCCAUGCGAUGCGCUUAGAGCCCAGCUCGGCGAAAGCGGCGGCGGGCGUGGCGUUCGCGCUGCAACUGCAGGGCAAGCUGGACGAGGCCAUCAACUACUAUCACCGCGCGCUGAACUUGGAUCGGAACGACGUCUUCAGCGCCGAGAUGUUAAACUAUGCGAUCACCGAGGCAUUGGAUCGAGGAAAUGGCCUUUGA